GCCUCCCCGAACUCUCCCGCGACCUCUGCGCGCCCUCCGGCCGCCUUCCCCUCCUCGGCUCCGGACAACUUCAGGGGUGGGUUGCAAAGAAAGUUUGCGUCUGCUGCCGCCGCCUCCCGCCUCGGCCUAGGAGGCUCGCCGCCCGCGCCCGCCCGCUCGGCCUUGCCCAGGACUGCGUCCUGCCCGAGACCGCCACCAUGAACAAGCUGUACAUCGGCAAUCUCAACGAGAGCGUGACCCCCGCGGACUUGGAGAAAGUGUUUGCGGAGCACAAGAUCUCCUACAGCGGCCAGUUCUUGGUCAAGUCCGGCUAUGCCUUCGUGGACUGCCCCGACGAGCACUGGGCGAUGAAGGCCAUCGAAACUUUCUCCGGGAAAGUGGAGCUGCAAGGAAAACGCCUAGAGAUUGAACACUCUGUCCCCAAAAAACAAAGGAGUCGAAAAAUACAGAUCCGAAAUAUUCCACCCCAGCUUCGAUGGGAAGUUCUGGACAGCUUGCUGGCUCAGUAUGGUACAGUGGAGAACUGCGAGCAAGUGAACACCGAGAGUGAGACAGCAGUGGUGAAUGUCACCUAUUCCAACCGCGAACAGACCAGGCAAGCCAUCAUGAAGCUGAACGGCCACCAGCUGGAGAACCAUGCCUUGAAGGUCUCCUACAUUCCUGAUGAGCAGAUAGCACAGGGUCCCGAGAAUGGGCGCCGGGGAGGCUUUGGCUCUCGGGGUCAGCCCCGCCAGGGCUCUCCUGUGGCGGCGGGAGCCCCAGCCAAGCAGCAGCAAGUGGACAUCCCCCUGCGGCUCCUCGUGCCCACCCAGUACGUGGGCGCCAUCAUCGGCAAGGAGGGCGCCACCAUCCGCAACAUCACAAAACAGACCCAGUCCAAGAUCGACGUGCACAGGAAUGAGAACGCAGGUGCUGCCGAGAAGGCCAUCAGCGUCCACUCGACCCCCGAGGGCUGCUCCUCUGCCUGUAAGAUGAUCUUGGAGAUUAUGCACAAGGAGGCAAAGGACACCAAAACGGCUGACGAGGUUCCCUUGAAGAUCCUGGCCCAUAAUAAUUUCGUGGGGCGUCUCAUUGGCAAGGAGGGGCGCAACCUGAAGAAGGUGGAACAGGACACAGAGACGAAAAUCACCAUCUCCUCGCUGCAGGACCUCACCCUCUAUAACCCCGAGAGGACCAUCACUGUGAAGGGUGCCAUUGAGAACUGCUGCAGGGCCGAGCAGGAGAUCAUGAAGAAAGUUCGGGAAGCCUAUGAGAAUGACGUGGCUGCCAUGAGUCUGCAGUCUCAUCUCAUCCCCGGCCUGAACUUGGCUGCCGUAGGCCUUUUUCCAGCCUCCUCCAGUGCAGUCCCACCACCUCCCAGCAGCGUCACCGGAGCGGCUCCCUACAGCUCCUUUAUGCAGGCUCCAGAGCAGGAGAUGGUGCAGGUGUUCAUUCCUGCCCAGGCAGUGGGCGCCAUCAUCGGCAAGAAGGGGCAGCACAUCAAACAGCUCUCCCGUUUCGCCAGUGCCUCCAUCAAGAUUGCUCCUCCUGAAACUCCGGACUCCAAAGUUCGUAUGGUCAUCAUCACUGGACCCCCAGAGGCCCAAUUCAAGGCUCAGGGAAGAAUUUAUGGAAAGCUCAAGGAGGAGAAUUUCUUUGGCCCCAAGGAGGAAGUAAAGCUGGAGACCCAUAUCCGGGUGCCGGCGUCGGCAGCUGGCCGGGUCAUUGGCAAAGGUGGCAAAACGGUGAAUGAGCUGCAAAAUUUGACAGCAGCUGAGGUGGUGGUGCCAAGAGACCAGACCCCUGAUGAGAACGACCAGGUCAUCGUCAAGAUCAUUGGGCAUUUUUAUGCCAGCCAGAUGGCUCAGCGGAAGAUACGAGACAUCUUGGCCCAAGUCAAACAGCUGCACCAAAAGGGACAGAGUAACCAGGCCCAGGCCCGGAGGAAGUGACCGGCCCCUUCCCAUCAUGUCGGCUCAAGGACAACAGGCCGAAAUCGAGAGCACGUUCUCCCCAGCAGGCCUGAGAAUGAGCGGGAAUCAGGGACACUUGGGCCAGGAUGUAGAUCAGGUUUGCCCACUUGCUUGAGGAAGUUGUUCAGUGAGGAACCCUGAUCUCUCAGCCCUAAACACCCAACCAAUUGGCCCAACACUGCCCACCCCUGAGGGUGUCACCAUGGAAAUUCUAGCUCAGGGUGCUUUUAAACGUGGAUUGUUCUAAGUUCUCCAGGUCCCACCGAGAGGGUGGGUCCGACCCCAGUGGGAAGGGAAAUAAAAUUUCCUUCAGGUUUUUAAAACACGCCAGAGGGGUGUUUUAAUCAACCUCAAAGGAUGGUUUACUUCUUGACCCUCAAAUCCUUCCAACCUUCUUCUACUUGGUUUAUUGAUUAAAAUACCUCUGUUCUUGUGCCCUGACAGCCUUUUCGUAUAUUCACACUGGUUAUGUUACCUCUCUGCUACUGGCAAAAGUGAGAACCAACCCAUUGCUUUGCUUACGUUAUUGACUCGAAGGGAGAAGACACGUCGGCAUCUGUAGAUUAAUUCCGAUCCCUUCCUAACCAACCAGUAGGAACAGCAAGGAAUAAAGAAUGGGGGAGAAAUGGGGAGAAAGGUGAUUGAACUAUACAGUAAUCCACGUUUAAAAGGAGUGCCCUUGUGGCUGAUUGAUUCCAGAUCACCACCUUGAAAAAUUGCCACAGUUCAAAUUUCCCGCUCUGUUGGGGCUUCCCCGCUAGGAUUCCCGCCCUGUUCAUGUCCCUCUAACCAUGUAAGUCCCACUUCAUGUCCAGGUGCACAUGGGUGGUACUGACUGCUCAGCGGGAUAGGGGCUGACCACUAUACUGUCCCUGAUUCCUAUCAUUCUCAGGCAGAUUUUAUAUUUUUUUAAAGUCUAUUUUAAUGAUUGGAUACGAGCACUGGGAAGGGGACACUAACGCCCCUUGAUAAAGUCUCAGUUCCAUGGAGGACUUGAGUGGCCCCAAAGGCUGCCACUGUGCCCUCACGCCAGCCCAUGUGCUCCCAUAAGGGCUGGUUCCCAGAAGCAGGGGUUGCGGGGCACUCCCCCCCACGGCACUGUUCCCUUGGUGGUGGUGGGACGUGGAACCCGACCCUAAGCUCCUGAUAAAGCUGAAGUCCAUCAUUUGGCAUCUUUUAUGACUGUUCAGUAAAUUGGAGAGAAAAUUUGCUUCUCUUUUUAUCCUAGAGGCAUAUUGAACUGAUGGCUUCUGUUUUUAUCCUAGAGGCAUAUUGAACUGAUGGCUUCUGCCUCCACGAGUCAUUGGCAUGAUGUUAUGUGUGCCUAAAAAAAACAAAAUUCAAAAUACCAGCAACAUUAUGCACAAAGGGGUAAACAAGCUUAAUUUAUUAAUUUUCCAGGCUCAGCAAGAUCCCGUUUUCAGUUCAGCCCUUGUGGAAGACAUCAGCCAUCAGUUAAAUGAGGUUAGGCCUCCCCUCCUAAUGUACUGAUUGUCAGUGCAUGUUAGCCAGGUGGUGCACUUUAGCUACCUUGGACAAUGCUAUCAAGUGUGCUGGGAAGGGAGGAAGGCCUCCCGCAUGUGGAAGAGCCCAUGCUCUGGACUCCCCUCCUUCCGACAUUGCAACAACGACAGUAACAACCAGACAACCUUGACAUGUGGGCGGAGUCAGUCAGGUAAUGCUGUGCGCGAAGUAAACUACCUCAAGGUAUGAAGUUACCUCAGCAAUUACUUUCCUUUUUGUUCCCCCCACCUCUUUUUUUUAAUCUUUUUUUCUUUGCGGCUUGCUGAUAUUUUAUAUAAAAAAGAAAAGCAAAGCAAAAGAGAAGCUGAUAGUCUUGAAUAUUUUAUUUUUUUAAUGAAAAGAAAAAAACGAGAAAGUUAUGUUUCAUAAUUUCUUACAACAUGAGCCAGUGUAACCCUUUAGGAACUCUCUAUGGAGAACAGGCCCUGUGGGAAAGGCAGCUGGGGCUGCCCCUUGGACGGAGGCUGGGCCGAGUGGGAAGGCCCACGUGUGAGAGAGGCCAGGGCCAGGCUCUGCUCUCUAAGCCACCAGCCUCUCCCAGGAAAAUCCUGCCUGAUGAGAUUAACAGGCCCAGCGGAGCUGUGGCCCCAAGGGCGAAACAACAGCCUCCAACAGCCUCCAACCGCCGGCCUGUGGUCUCCCCUCUCCCCUUCGGUUAAAGGGUACCCCAGUCGGUUUUUCCCACCAGUGGUGCUGUUGAGAUAUUUAAAAAUAUUGCCUCCGUUUUAUCGAGGAGAGAAAUAAUAACGAAAAAAGAUACCCUUUAAAAAAAUCUAUACUUCUCUGUCUAAAAAUAUGGGAGCCAAGAUUCCAUUAGUGGAAGAGACAAAGCCAUCCUCUCACCCUCAGAGAGGUCCACCUGAUUUUUGUCGUUGCAGUGCUUUUCACUUUUUGUUCGUGUUAUUUCAUUUCAAUCCCAUCUUGCUAUUCUUGGUCUUUAUCAAUAUAGACCAAGGGGCAAACGGAUAACUGCCCCCUCUGUCUCCCCGUCUUCUUUCAAUUGAUCUGAUGGAACUCUAACUGUGGACCCAAACUUACCAAAUUCUUGAUUUAGGGUGGUGGGUGGCAAGGAGGGGCAGGGGAUUCGGGAAUGUGACUGGGGACAGGUUCCUGCCUCAUUUGUGUCUUGUCACUUUCUCCCCGUGACAUUCCUUUAUAGCCCCCAGAACUGUCUACCCCAAAGAGGAGGAAGCAGGAAAGCAUUUAGGGAUGAUAUCAGGCCAGUAUAAUUAAGCUUCCCACCUGUCCAAACCACAAAAAAAGGGUCUCCCAACUUCUCUUUCUGGCUCUAUAUGCUUUAUUCCAAAAUGAAGCAGAGAACGUUCAGACAUCGGCCAUUUAGUGAUGUAAGGUGAAUUUCCAGCAGCAAGCAUGCUUUGAUAUCUGGUUCAAACUACCAUCGGAAUAAAAUCCCCACAGUACCUGAAAUGUGAUUGUUGCAGUGUUCAGUUUCCUUGGGAUCCUGCUCCCUUCACACCUUAAGCCCACUUCCUUUCCCUUUGGCUGAUUCAGCUCCCAGAAGAGACCAGGAGUGUGGCAAGGGACUGUCGAACUUGACUUGGAUUAGGCACGGCUGAUACUCGCCCAGCAGGAAAAUUGUGGAAGUUACGCUACCAGAAAGCAAAGGAAUAUGGUUUGGUGGUUAAGGUUUAGCAGGAUAAAAGGCCUGUCUUGGUGGGUCUGCCUUUGACCUAUAGACGAGGGCUUUGGGCACCUCAUGCCCCCCUGCACAUCACCUCCAUUUCCCCAUCCUUGGUGAGAUAACAACGUGAAACGCACUUGGGAGGUUUGGUUGAUUUGAGAAAAACGACUUUUAAAAAACAGCUUCUGUGCUCUGAUAUGUGUGUGAGCUACAUACAUAUUUUUAAAGAAAGGACCAUCACUUUGGGAUAUAUUGUUUAAUUCUGUGGAACAUGUAAAAAACCAAAAUGGUUUGAUUCCCUGACUUUGAAGCUGCAUCUGACAGUGACACCCAGUGGCUCGAAUCCCCUCGAGGGUCUGCUUGCCUUUUGCAGUUUGGGUUGUGGACUUGGCUCUUAGGAGGGGUCUGGGGAGGAGAGAGCUGUUGUUUUUAGGGACAGGGAGCUUCAUCACCUUCUCUUUCUUCCCCUUCUCCUGGUCCUUCUCAGUCUUUUUCCCUUUACCCUGAGCUCUCCACUUCUGGGGGCGGUUGGGGUCUGUUAAGUUAUGCCUCACGAUUGGCAGAAAAGACCCUGUGUAAAACCCAGAGAACACUGGAGGGGAACACUCCAGUUGGUUCUGCGUGUCCGUUUUCCUCUGUGCCAAAGACAGACAGACAGAGGCCGAGAGACGCCAUUUCUGAAUCAAAGCAAUAACCAUCUUUCGACAUAGACCUGGGCUGUCUGAGUGGGGGAGGGCUCCCGGAAACAGCGUGGGCUUAAAGACCCAUCCCUUCCCUUCUGAGGCUCCUGGGGGAUUGGGGGCGGUACGUGCCAAGGGGCGGGGAGCUGAGAAGGGGGUCCGAUGGCUCCUGGUUGCACUUUGGAGAAGGAGGGGGAGUUUGGGGCUCCUCCCAGUGGGGCUGUGCUCUGUCCCCUGACCCCACCGCAGAGGCAGCACUGUGAGUUCUCUUCAGGCCUGGCAGACUGGCAACGAGGAGGGGCCUCAGUUAGCUCUCAAGGGUGCCUUCCCCUCCUCCCAGCCCAGACAUACCCUCUGCCAAACUGGGAACAGCAGUGCUACGUAACUACCUCACAGAGCCCCAGAGGGACUGCCCGAGCUUCUGCUUUCCCUCCUCCUUCUCGCUCAGGGGUGGGGAGUCCCCUUUACUCCUGAAGUGUUGGUGGGGAGAUCCGAGUGGCUUUGACGUUCAAACCGUGGCAGCUUUUGCCUAUUCGUGGGAAACUGGUAGGAGGAAAACAGCACAGCCUGCCACCAUAACUGCAGGAAGAUAGAAGAAUCCUCAAUGCCAGGGGACAGGAAGCCAUUUCCUUUCCAAACUCGUGGUGAUUUAGAUGCAGGACUUUUCUCUUGUAUUCAGACUUAGAGCAACACCAGCUAAAAACUUCAGUUUCUUUCCUUUGGAUACAUAAGGCUUCUCUAUCGGGGUACAGGACAGGGAGGAGGCCUCAUGACCGAAGGUGGGUUUAGAGGGAGAGGGCCAGAGCCCCAGUCCUGACCCUCGGCCCUGUGCAACUCCUUGGGGGCACAGUCUGAUGGCACCAGUACUGGUGCCUUAGUCUGGUUGAAUCUGGAUGGACAAGACAAAAGAAAGAAUUUUUUUUUCUGAAAUGAAAUAGCGGGAAGCUCCUCGGGGCAUGUGUUUUCAGUAACCACAGGUGAUGGAUGCUAGGAGUGUAAAUGGAUUAACUACCUCAAUCCUCACACUGGGAUUAGAACCAAGGGCUGGGACUGGUGAGUAAGGCUUUGGAUCCCAGUCAGGAGGAGUGAGCUGAGGCUUGUGCCACAAAAGGUUUAUCCUUGAGGAACAGGCAUGCCUGCUAGAUACUCAUCGGUUGGGUUGGGAGGACUGGCCAUUAGGCCCCCCUUUCUGCCUUCCUUGCCCCGGGGUCCUGUGCUUCACCUUUUUCCCCUCAGCCUGUCCCUCCCUCACCUGCUGUAUCUUAUUGGACCAGAGGGUGAGGCGAGGACUUGCCUCCUCUCUUCCUGCAGAGGGGGCUGCCCGGAGGUGAGAUGUGGGGCUCAGCCUGGAACCCGCUACUCAGCCCCAAAGCCAGGAAGCCUGGGGAAGCCGGAGCUAAGACCUCUUCAACAGGGUUUCUUUGAGAUGCUCCGCCUCCUCUGGACCCCUUCCCAGUCUUCACUGGGACGGUUGGCUCUAGAAGAAGAGGUGGAGCAGGAUCCCUUAUCCUGAGAGUCCGAGGGCCUGGUCCUCUGGUCACUCAGGAGUCUUUGUAGUCGGGGAGUCCCACUGGGCGAUCCCAGCCCCUCCCCACCCUCUAAAAAUGGACCUCCUCAUAGAAGCCCCAUUUCACUUUUGUUUUAUCUACCUCUUAGCAAGACAAUAGAGAUAAAUUAGGUAGUGGCAACUCCACUUGCUUAGAUUAGGGGGGGAAAAAGAUUUCUUUUUCCAAAGGAAAAAAAAAAAUAUUACCUUAAAAAUACUUUCCAAAAAAUUAAAAAAAAAAAAACCAAAAAAAAAUUUUUUUAAGAGGGAGACAUUUUCCAGUGACUGCUGGAUUGUUAUAAUUCCCCAAACUUUUCUCUUUUUUUUCCCCCGCAAAUAAGUUUCACUCUUUGGCGAUUUUCUCCACUUGUUUAAGAUGAUGUGCUCUUCUAACAGGUUCAGCUUUCACAAUCUGCCCCCUGGCUUGCCCCACCCCAGACGCCAUUCCUGCCAGUGAGUUCCUACCUGUGCUCUCUCCCUGUUGCUUCUCAGCCAGGUGGCUUCACUCACACCCACCAAGAGCAAAGGCUUUGUGUACGUUGGGGUGCUGAAGUCUGGUCUCACAAUUUCAACCUCUGGGGGUUGCGGGGGGGGGGCACUUGUAACACUUCCAUGUAAAGUUUCUAUAACCUACUGCAGUGUAAAAGUGUUCAAGAUGAAUUUCAGCCGAUAAUGAGUUAGCAGGAGGAAUGAAAAUCCUCUGCCACCGUUUGAGGUCUCCCCUUUCCCCAGCAUCUUGAUCGUGGUCCCAGAAACCAGAAUAAAAGCCCCCUCCCCUGAGGCAAAGUGAAUUGGUGUCUGGUCCUGAGACAUCACUCACAUGGGAGAGUGAAAAAUGUAUUUUUAUAAAUGCAAAACAUGGGUGGGGGCUGGAGGGGGGGGACCUCAUGCCUGUGAUUGUGUAACUGUAUUCUGUAACCGUGACCACUUUGAAAAUUGUACUUGGCUGGGAAUCUGCUGGCCCAUCGCCACCGGGUUUUGAUUGUACCCUUCCUUCCACCCUUUAACCUGCUCUGUGCUUGGUCUGGGGAGGUGGGAUGGCUGCCUCCGACUCUUGGGGUUUGUUCUUUUGCUGGAUGAGCGCGCUCCCGUUUUCUUUCCUGUGAAGGU